AUGAAGACGGUUGCCGUGUUCCAGACAGUAGAGGUGAAGGUACCACCACUAGGAUUCGUGACUGUUCAGUCCAUCUCUCUCCCUGAUAGUCAGGGAGUCAGCAAGGAUCCGCCACGUACACAGAGCGUGAAGUUUGGCGGACGGGGAUCAGACCAGGGAAAAUUCGACAGACCACACGGUGUUACGGUGUCCAAAGAUGGCCUGGUGUUCGUAUCAGACUACGGAAACGAAAGGAUUCAAUGCUUCAACCUACAGGGCACUUUUCUCCACCAGUUCCCAACAGUCGUGUCAGUGCAGGGCAUUUUCAAAUCUCUUGUGACGGCCAAACAGAGGAUGAAACCAGAAGAUUUGUCCAUGGACAGGGACGGUAACCUGUGGGUGGUGGGCUCCGAUAACUCCGCUGAGUAUGCCGUACAGUACAGCCCCAGAGGUAAGCUGCUGACCAAGAUCGACUUAAAGCGCACAGGACGGCAGAGAAAAAUUGCCAUUGACACAAUAAGGAACAACGUCAUUAUAACAGAAACGUCGGGCUCAAUGUCACCUCAAGGUGUCCUGUGUGUGUACAGGCCAGACGGGACACUUGAGAGAACACUGGGGGGCCAACACAAGAUGGCACGGCCGGAGUACAUAUCUGUGAACAAGGGAGGGCACAUCUUUGUCUCACACUUCAUGGCGUCCUGCGUGUACGUGUUUCGUGAGGACGGGCACUUGCUGUCUGUUUUCGGGGGCGAAGGAAGCGGGGAAGGCGAGCUGAAGUACCCAGGGGGUAUUUGUACGGACAGUUCUGGUAACAUCAUCGUGGCAGACAAGGGGAACAAGAACCUGGCAGUGUUUGACAGGACUGGGAACUUCCUGAGAUACAUCACUAGUGUGGAGGGUCGACCUGUGGCCGUUGCCAUGGCACCAAAGGGACAGCUGGUAGUGACUGACGACAUCCACAACACCGUCACCAUUCUGUACAGUUACUGACUCCUUACAUUUAGUAAUCUCGAUCCAGUUUUAGCUCGCUGAAGAGCUAAUCUCAAAAUUUCAAUGUAGUAAUUCUGCUGGAUUUUUCACUUGGUGGAUCCUGACCCAUCUAAAUGUUGUUACAACUAAGGCCUAUCAUAAAUUCAUUAAUACUCAGCAAUGACAAAAUCUGUAUACAUGAUCGAUGUAUUACUAACUAAAGCUGUAUUUCAAAAGAUUAUUUCAAAAUUAAGAAUUGGUUACUUUACAAAGCUGAUCUAGAGCUGAUUUCCUGAUCUGCCUAUAAAACAGCUUUACUCAGUCAACAAAUUGACUUUUUUAGUUUUACAUAUUAAUUUACUUACACCAAGUUACAGUCUUCAUAUUAAG